GGAGGAGUCAGGUGAACACAGACAGCAGCAGCAUCUGUCAGUGUCUGCUGAUGAAGGUACCACGUCUCUUUGACCUCAUCUGAACGGGACUUUAACAGCGGAGCAGCCUGACAGAUAUGGCUGCUGCAAACUACCUACAAUCUGAAGAUCAGUUUCUGUGCUCCAUCUGUCUGCAUGUGUUCACUGAUCCUGUCAGCACACCAUGUGGUCACAACUUCUGCAAAAACUGCAUCACUGAACACUGGAAUACUAGUAACAGGUGCUUUUGUCCCAUCUGUAAGGAGGGUUUUACCACAAGACCUGAUUUGAGAAUCAACACUUUCAUCUCUGAGAUGGUUGCUCAGUUCAGACAGUCAGCUCAACAGAAAGCCAGCAGCAGCUCAGAGCAACAAGUGUCCAAACCAGUAGAAGUUCCCUGUGACGUCUGCACUGGAACCAAACUGAAGGCCCUGAAGUCCUGCCUGGUGUGUCUGGUCUCCUACUGUGAGACUCACCUGGAGCCUCAUCUGACAGCUUCACGUCUGAAAAGACAUCAGCUGAUUGACCCUGUGGAGAACCUGGAAGGCAGGAUGUGUAUGAAGCACGAUAAACCUCUGGAGCUGUUUUGUAAGACCGACCAGACAUGUGUCUGCAUGCUCUGCACUGUUGUAAACCACAAAACGCAUGAUGUUGUUCCUCUGAAAGAAGAAUACGAAGAAAAGAAGGUAGAGCUGGGGAAGACAAAGGCUGAAAUUCAGAAGAUUAUCCAGAAGAGACGACUGAAGAUUCAGGAUAUCAAACACUCAGUCGACCUCAGUGAGGAAGAUGCAGACAGAGAGAUAGCAGAAGGUGUUCAGGUCUUCACUUUUCUGAAGGAGUCUGUUGAGAGAGGCCUGAAUGAGCUCAUCAACACGAUCAAAGAGAAGCAGAAAACGACAGAAAAACAGGCUGAAGCUUUCAUCAAAGAGCUGGAACAGGAAAUCUCUGAGCUGAUAAAGAGAAGCACUGAGGUGGAGCAGCUCUCACGCUUUGAAGACCACCUCCAUCUUCUCCAGAUUGUCCAGGCCCUAAACAUCCAACAACCUCCACCCACCAAGGACUGGACAGAGGUCAGCAUCCAUAAAUCAUCUGAGGGGACUGUGGUGAAAGCUGUGGCUCAGCUGGAGGAGACACUCAGUAAGGAGAUGAAGAAGCUGCUUGAAGCCGAGCUGAAGAGGGUCCAGCAGUAUGCAGUGGAUGUGACUCUUGAUCCCGAUACAGCAUAUCCUAAACUCAUCCUGUCUGAUGAUGGGAAACAGGUGAAUCAUGGUGAUGUGAGGAAGAAUCUCCCAAACAACCCAGAGAGAUUUUCUAAGUGUGCUUGUGUUUUAGGAAAACAGAGUUUCUCUUCAGGCAGAUUUUACUUUGAGGUUCAAGUUAAAGGAAAGACUGAAUGGGAUUUAGGAGUGGUCAGAGAGUCGAUCAACAGGAAGGGAGACAUCACACUGAACCCACAGAAAGGUUACUGGACUAUAUGGUUGAGAAAUAGAAAUGAGUACAAAGCUCUUGCUGACCCUCGUGUCCUUCUCUCACUGAAGUCUCCUCCUCAGAAGGUGGGGGUGUUUGUGGAUUAUGAGGAGGGUCUGGUCUCAUUUUAUGACGUAGAUGCUGCAGCUCUUAUCUACUCCUUUACUGGCUGCUUCUUCACUGAGAAACUAUUCCCAUUCUUCAGUCCCUAUAGGACUGAAGGUGAUAAAAACUCUGCCCCUCUGAUCAUCUCUCCUGUCAGAGUAAACUAAUCACUGAUCUUAUUUCAUAUAUUGAUUUAUUUUCAAUCAAGGGAACAAAUGUAUAUAUUCAUAUAUUUUACAUCGAUUACAUCGUAGUUUUGUCUGGUGACUGAUUUACACUUUAUUCCAUUUAUUAUGAUAUGGUUAAAUGUGCAGCAAUUCUUUGCAAAUUAAAUCAAACUUCAUCUUGACAUAUUUGGUGUCUUUAGAAACUGAUUUCUUCUGGAAGUUAUAAUAAAUGUCUGUGGUUUCAACAGUGGUUUAAAUAGAUGUAAAUGCAAAUUCAUGUGUUGAUGAAUUAUGAAGAGGUAUAUGGGGUAAGUUGGUUGUCUGAUGUUUUUGUUUUUUUCCUCAUUAAUGAGACAGGAAAGAAAAAGUCUGAAUUAUUGUGGCAUAAUUGCAGAAAUACAGUUUGUUUGUUGAGACUAAGAAUGUUAAUGGUGUUAUUCCUAAAUCAGUUCUUCUGAUAUCACUUUAAUCUGCUGGUUUUGAUCUUUCUAACAGUUGUACCUUUUACUUUUAAAUGUAAGCCACUUUCCUAUUUGGAGAACUUGCUGUUGCACUUAUUAUGAAAUUGAUCAUUUAACGUGUUUAGACAUAAUGGUUAACCCUCCUGUUGUCAUCGGGUCCAUUUUCUACAAGUAAGUUAUAUAAGAAAUUUGGGUUUCUAUCAACCAAAAUGUCCAAAAUAAUAACGUGGAUGGUUCCCUACAACGCUCUCCACAAGUGAAAUAAAUGACCAGUUCACUACUA